GUCUUCUACUCAGAGCCGGUGUGAUGUCGUAGCAAAGAAGCUGGCCUGGCAGCGGGUUCAGGCUCAUCCUCAUUCCUUUGCUUCUCUUCCAGGCCAAAAUGCCACGUCGCUGGAGUUACAAAAUGGAAGCCGUCAUCCUCAGUCUGAUCGGGUUCACCUGCGUCCUCUUCCUUCUCCAGUCCAGCAAGAGGAGCUCCGUCUCCAGAGUGAGAGAAGCCCCCGGGCCGCCCACAACCCUGUCUCCCACAGCCCCUGACCCCCUGCCCGAGUGCUGGGCGAAGGCCUCCGUGGCCAACAUCUCGGGCUUUGCGCAGUUGCCUGACCACAUCAGGGAUUUCUUGCGCUACCGGCACUGUAAGGUGUUCCCGCUGCUUCUCAACGUUGCGGACAAGUGUGGCGGCCCCGAAGCCUCCUACGAAGUCUUUCUGCUCCUUGCCAUCAAGUCCUCCCCGGGCAACUACGAACGCCGCGAAAUCAUCCGCAAAACGUGGGGGCAGGAACGGACGUUCGCAGGCAUCCACAUCCGGCGCAUCUUCCUGACCGGCGUGGCGGCCAGUGCUCGGGAGGCGCGCAAGCUCGACCAGCUUCUCCGGCUCGAGAACGAGGAGCAUGGGGACAUCCUGCAGUGGCGCUUUGUGGACAGCUUCUUCAACCUCACCCUCAAGCAGGUCCUUUUCCUCUCCUGGAUGGAGACCCACUGCCCGGGGGUUCGCUUCAUCUUCAACGGGGACGACGACGUCUUUGCCAACACUGACAACAUUGCCCAGUACCUUCUCGGUAUUCCCGGCGCAGGUGACCAGCACCUUUUUGUGGGCCAUCUCAUCACCAACGUGGGCCCCAUCCGCGAGAAGUGGAGCAAGUAUUACGUGCCAGAGCAGGUCACCCCCUCCAAGUCCUACCCGCCUUACUGUGGCGGCGGCGGCCUGCUGAUGUCCAGCUACACUUCCCACGCCAUCUACCAGAAAUCCCUUGGCAUUGAGCUGUUUCCUAUUGAUGACGUCUACCUGGGCAUGUGCUUGCAGAAAGCGGGGCUGACCCCCUCCUCCCAUAUGGGCAUCCGGACAGUGGGCGUGAGGGUGCCCUCUUCCAAGCUGGAGUCCUUUGAUCCCUGUUACUACAAGGAGCUCCUCCUGGUCCAUCGAUUUGUGCCAUACGAGAUGCUGGUGAUGUGGCAAGCCAUCCACCAGCCAGACUUAGUUUGUGGGAAGAAGGUCAUGAUUUACCAGAGUUUGUGAGGAAUCCUGGGUCUGGAAGGGUCAAAAACAUGGUCAACUGUCACUCUUGCUGGAGGAGGCUGUCACAAGAAGCCCCCGCGUGCGUUUCAACCCAGUGGUUUGGCUUUGACAGACGGCCCCUCAUUCCCCUCAGCCCCUUGCCACAGGCUUCCUCCAC